UCCUUUUUGGGGGAGGGGAGAUGAUCGUGCUGAUGUGGAAUAAGUGCUCCUGCUGUCUCCUCUUACUAGCCGCGGUCCUGAUCGUGGAGAGCUCCCAGCUAGACAGCUCCAGCUCCAAGGUGAACUCCAUCAAGUCCACCCUGAUGGGGGAGGCUCCAACUCAGGCAACCAACAGAUCUGCAGGCAUCCACCAGGGACUGAUGCUUGCUAGCAGUAAGAAGGGCAAAAUGCUAGAGCAGAUGGGAAAACCUCCCAAGCACUAUCACCGGCAAGGAGAGGCCUAUCCCUGCAGUAACGACAAGGAGUGCGAGGUGGGGCGGUACUGCCACAGCCCUCACCAAGCCCCGUCCGCGUGCAUGGUGUGCCGCAGGAAGAAGAAGCGCUGCCACCGGGACGGGAUGUGCUGCCCCGGGAACCGCUGCAACAACGGUAUUUGCAUACCAGUGACUGAAAGCAUCCUUACUCCUCACAUCCCUGCUCUAGAAGGGCCACGCAACAAGAAGAACGGUCACUAUGCGAGCAAGGAUUUGGGAUGGCACAACCUGGGGAGGUCCCGAUCCAAGCUGUCACACAUAAAGGGACACGAAGGUGAUCCCUGCCUACGGUCAUCAGACUGCAUUGAGGGACACUGCUGUGCUCGCCACUUCUGGACCAAAAUUUGCAAGCCUGUGUUGCAUCAGGGGGAGGUGUGCACCAAACAGCGCAAGAAAGGCUCCCAUGGACUGGAGAUUUUCCAACGAUGUGACUGUGCCAAGGGUUUGUCUUGUAAAGUAUGGAAAGAUGCGACCUCCUCUUCUAAAUCAAGACUUCAUGUGUGCCAGAAGAUCUGAAUGAGGAUUGGGAAGAUAGUAUUGAGUGACUGUGGCUUUAUGUGUUUAUGCAUUAUGGCAUGGUGGAAAAAGGGGACUGCAAAUGAAAGUGGAGUGGCUAAAUUAACAGUUAGAGUAUGAGUAGAAGUCACACCAAAUGCAUUUCUUUCUGAGCUGGUGGCAAACACAAGCGUAGCUGGAGUUCACCUACCACGCGGUUCUCCUGUAAAUAAUUCUCCAGUUUGUGGGAAAUGCUAGUAUGCAAACAAGUAGAGUGGAAAUGAAUGUCACUUACCUUGCUGUGUUGUCCCACGAUGUUUCAGGCGUUCACUGGGUCUACAGUGGGUCUACAGUGUGGUAAGGAUUUUCUACAGAAAUUGUAUACAUUGUACUCCUAUAGGAAGCAGUGCAUGCCAGGGAGACUCAUCUGUCAACACAUGAUUGGCCACAUUGCAGGUGUGAAAUGGAAAUAAAGUUACUGUGAAUGUCCACGUGCCCUUGUUAUUCAGGGCUGACAUUCAGCAGGGAAGCACUCCUGCAGGACAAGAGUGCUAUGUUUUCCAGGCCCUUGUGAAGAAGGUGAAAACUGGCCAUCUCAAAAUUUCAAGAGAGCAGCAGUUUACCUAAGAGGAGGCAUUUAAACAGGGUUUUGUUUCCUAUACAUGGGUAAAUUGAAAUGUUUUAUGUAGUUCAAUGUCAUAGUAAGGCACUUAAUUACUUGUUUUUUACUCAGUUUACUGCUAAUAUGCGUUGGGUUGAACAGAUGAAGCAAAUAUGUGUGCAUGCUGAAUCCAGAAUUAUAUACAGGCAGUUCCUCAUUAGUCUUAAAUAUACUUUCCUUGCCUAAGCAUUCUUGCAUUAUAGACAUUUCCAAAAGAAAUAGCAGUGUUGAAGUGCUUAACAUGAAGAACUUUGAAGUUUUUUCUCUGUUGCUGUUAUAAUAUAACAUAUUCAACCGACAUUUGUGGAGGUGUUUUGAGCAUAGUGCUACAAACUCAAUUUUUACAUCUUAUGGCACUCUGCAGCAGUAUAAUGGAUUUGUUCUCAAGACAACAGAGGAAAAGGAGUUGGGUCCUGUGAGCAUCUCCUCUCCUGCAGAAGAGGAUGUAAGAAGAUGGCAUGACCACAAAUGACUUGUUAAACAUCAUGUGAUGUCACAGCAUACCAGCCUCCAGCAUGUAUUCAGCCUGAAACUGAUGUGCUCUCACUCUGGAGUGUUCUGCCAGGAAUGACAGAAAUAUGUAGACUGUGGAAACAGCUGCCAACCCUAUGUUGUUUGUACUGGUUAAAAAAGAACAGCCUCUCUCCUGUGACUUGUCUCCCAGGUCUUUUCAAACUUUUAAAAUUUUACUUAUUUUCAAAUAUUACUUUGUAUAAACUUUGGUAAAGAGACUGAUAUUACU